AUGAAGUACAAUGAUCUAUGUGUGGGUAACACUUUCAAAAGCAAGGGGGAGCUGAAACUUAUACUUGCAAUAGCCAAAGUAGAAAGAAAUUUUGAGUACAAAUCUUUUAAAUCCGACAGCCAGAGGUUUAUUGCCAAAUGCAAAGACAAGACAUGCGAGUGGCGUCUGCGAGAAGUUCCCUUAGAUUCUUGUGGGUGGUGGAAACUCACAGUUGCAAACGAUGUGCAUACUUGUGAAAGCAACAAAAGGACGGACACUGAAUUAAGAACCAAAGCGGCCUCUACUGGAAUUGCAGAGCUUUUCAAGCACAAAUUCAAAGAACUAGAUGCGGCAUUUACGCCCAAACAACUGGUUAAGGACAUAAAAAGGGAUUAUGGAGUGGUUAUCAAUUACCGGCAGGGAUACAACGCUUGCAAGCGUGGUAUUGAGCCGAUCAAAGGUAGCCCUGAUGAAUCGUACCAACACUUCGUUGGUUAUAGUCACAUGCUUGGUGCUCGUAACAAGGGUACUGUUACCGAGAUUGUAACUGAUUCGGAUGAUUCUUUUCUAUAUUAUUUCUUUGCUUUUAGAGUAUGUAUUGAAGGAUUCAAAAACUGUUUCAGACCCGCAUUUGCGGUUGAUGGUACACAUCUUACAGGGCCACGCCAAGGAGUUCUACUGUCAGCCGUUGGAAUGGAUCCCGACGAGUCGAUCUAUCCUAUUGCUUUUGCUGUUGUUGAUUCAGAGAAUAAUGAAUCUUGGGAAUAG